ACUUGGAUUCUUUUCUACCCUGAGUGGGUUAUAGAAAAACUAUUCAUGUGACUUCAUGGGGUUUGUAUGUGAAGGUUCAAAUUGGGGAAAAGAUUGACAAAUCAUUUGUACUUUGGAAAGGGAAGCAUCUCACUUGUUUUUUUAAAGAAAAUUUCUUUAAAAAAUUCAAUGCAUACCAAAGGACUUUAGUGCACCUGAAGUGUUAAAAUAUGGGAAGCAAACAGCCACAUAGUGAUGAACAAGGUGUACCUCAAGUCUGCAUGCUUAGCUCCCUGCUCUACUGUAUGCACACAUGAGAGUGUCUGAGUGCAACUCCAAUUUAUUGAAAUUUCCUAAUGACUCAGCUAUGGUGGAUGAAUCACAGGUGACGAUGUGUCAGCUUACUAGAGCGUGAUAGGUUACCUGGUUGAGUGGUUCCACAAAAACAACCUCUUGUCGAAUACCAGGAAAACAGUGCUGAUUCCCUUUAAGGAGAGUGAACAUGUGCCAGAUCACGUUGAGGAGUCAGCAGCUUUCAAUUCCUGGGUGUUGAAAUUUUGGAUGACGUUUCCUGGGCCCAGCACCUACAUGCAGUAAAUGAAUAAGUAAACUGCACUGCUGGCUUUAUUUGCUUUAAGAAGAUUUGGCUUAUCAAACAGCAAACAGACGUUUACAGAUAUACUGUUGAAAGUAUCCUGAUUGUUUGCAUCAUGGUCUGGUACAGCAAUUCAAAUGCACAGGAAGUAAAACGAUACAUUAGAAAAGGCAUUCCAAAUGAAUAUCGUAGUCUCAUCUGGAUGACUGUCAGUGGAGCCCAGGAACAGAUGGAAAGGAACCCGGUUUACUAUAAGAAGAUGCUGGAAACAGAGGAAGAUCCAAAGCUGAUUGAAUCUAUAAGAACAGACAUUAACAGAACAUUUCCUGACAAUGUACAGUUUCGCAAAACAGCUAAUCCCUGCCUACAGCAGCCACUUUUCAAUGUUUUACUGGCAUAUGGAAAUCACAACAAAGCAAUUGGCUAUUGCCAGGGGAUGAAUUUUAUUGCUGGCUACUUGCUUAUAGUGACCAAGGAUGAAGAGAAGUCCUUCUGGUUGUUAGACUCUCUGAUUAAGAAGAUAGUACCAGGUUUCUACAGUCCAACAAUGAUUGGACUAAAGACUGAUCAAGAGGUUCUGGCUCAUUUGGUUAGGAUGAAGGUCCCUGCAGUCGCGGAGUUAAUGGAACGGCACAAUGUGAUGUGGACCUUGGUUGUUUCUCGGUGGUUUAUCUGCUUGUUUAUUGAUAUUCUUCCCGUGGAGACGGUUCUUCGUAUCUGGGACUGUCUGUUCUAUGAAGGAUCUAAAAUCACCUUUCGUGUGGCCUUGACAUUAAUAAAGUACCACCAGGCUUCAAUCUUAGAGGCAAAUAAUUUCCCUGCGGUUUGUGAGAAGUUCAAACAGAUCACACGUGGUCCUCUGGUCCAAGACUGUCAUAACUUCAUGAAGAGAAUUUUUACCGAACCGGGAAGAUUGCCCCUCAGCACGAUCAUCCGGCUACGAGAGAUCAGCAGGGCUCAGAUAGAUGAUCAAAGCUGAUGUGCUGGUUCAGCUCCAGCUGACUAAUUAUCUCAGGACCCUGAAGACUUCUUACAUUCUUCCAUUAUACAUUUGGGCUGGAUUUGUCUCACCAGCAUCUCAUGUACUGUACAAUACUGUUUUUCAAAAAGAUUGACUAGCUAUUUGUACAUACUUAGAAUUCAGGUGAACAAAAUUACAACUAUUUGUUUCAGAUUUAAAGUAACAUUGUUAAAUGAAGGGCUGUUUGUACUCCUAGAUUUCUUUGAAGUUCUUACCAUUAAUUUAUAUUUACUUUUCACUCAAAAUAUAACUUUUUAAUGUAUUGUUAAAUAGAAUUAUCUAAGAUUCAGUAAGUGAAGAUGGUGAAUAUUAUUUUGAUAUCAGUGACAUUUGAUCAGGUGUAACUAAAUUUUUGUAACCAGCACUGCCUGUCUGAUCCCCACACUACGGGUGAACUGCACUGCCUUGGCAAGGCUUAUACUCCAUACCCGAUAAAGGCAUCAGCAUGUUUCCAGUGUGAUUUACAUGGAAUGCAGUAGUGUCUGAUGGCAGCUUGCAUCUCUGAUUGUAAAAGGCAAUAAUCAAACGUCGGCACUUUGGAUACUAGAGCUGCUCUUUCAGUGCAUACGGGGUUCUUCCCCAUCUUUGUGGCAGCAGAUAUUUUGUACCUGUUUAUAAAAGCAGAAUUGAAAAGAUGCUUAAAUGUAUUUUUUUUUAAAAAGUGGAUUUUUGUGCAAAUGUGAUAAUUAAACAAUAGUCUGAGC